AUGUCGACGAACAAUAAACAACCAAUAGUAGUUCACAAUAAUGGAUGUAGUGUUUUAAGUGAAUUAGUAGAGGCAGUAAGAAUUCGUGCUUUUCGAAACGAACAGACAAUACCUUCAUAUUGGAGUAACGACAGUGACGAAGUCGGAGCUAGGACAUACACACAAGACGUGAUAGGAUCAAAUGUAACCGGAUUUUGGGAAUGCGGUGUUUCUCGAUAUGACAAAGAACUAAGAAGUCUCAUACAAAUCUUAGCAGCGGCUAAGGCAGGAAGAGACAUGAUAUACAUUUGCGAUUUUUACGAUGUGAAAUAUGGAAGUGCUUUGGUGAAUCUGUAUGACUUGCUAAUACAAAGGAAGAUUACAGUAGGUGCUCUCUACAAGGCUUUGAUAUCGUACGAGGCAUAUCACUCGCUGAUGAAUUCACCUACUUCAAGUAGUCUCCCAGGCUCUGCGAACCAAAAAAUAUCUGUCUUCAACUAUAUAACAAACUAUAUGACAAUCUCCUCAGAGAUUCAAAAGAGUCAAACUGCAUAG